GUUUCUCUCUCUCUAUACAUCUUCCUCAUCCUUUCUUUUCUCUCCACUUGAUUUCCUUUGUUUUCUAUUCGUUCUAGGUAUAUGGCUGGUUUGGACUUAGGCUCAGCUUCCCACUUUGUUUCUCAGCUCCACCUCCAAAGACCACAGGAAUCCGAUGAAGAAACCAAUAGAAAUCAGUUUUCCGGCGAAGAGAACGAAAACUCGCCUCAAGGUCUGGAGCUUGGAACAUCCAAUACAAGUUUAGGUGACAUGGUGGCCCGACGGCAGCGUGGCCGUCCACCAGGAUCAAAGAACAAGCCAAAACCGCCGGUGAUUAUCACCCGGGAAAGCGCGAACACGCUUCGGGCUCAUAUUCUGGAGGUCAGCAGUGGCUGCGAUGUCUUUGAGGCGGUGGCUACCUAUGCAAGGAAAAGACAAAGAGGGAUUUGUAUUUUGGGUGGGACAGGUACUGUCAACAAUGUUACUAUACGGCAGCCAGCUGCAGCCGGCUCUGUGGUGACCCUUCAUGGCCGGUUCGAAAUUUUAUCUCUCUCCGGUUCCUUCCUUCCGCCACCAGCUCCGCCAGGCGCCACCAGUUUGACUAUAUAUUUAGCUGGUGGACAAGGCCAAGUUGUGGGAGGAAAUGUGGUGGGUACUUUGAUUGCUUCUGGACCAGUUAUCAUCAUCGCAGCUUCAUUCACCAACGUGGCUUAUGAGAGGCUGCCGUUGGACGAAGACGAAACGAUUCAGAUGCAGCCAACGGUGUCGCAGCCGUCUGGUAGCGGCGUCAGCAUCCAACUUCCUGAUCCAUCAUUGGGACUUCCUUUCUUCAACUUGCCAUUGAAUAUGCCUAAUGGGCAGCUGCCAAUUGAUGGUGCAUGGACUGGAAACUCGGCCGGCCGGACGCAAUAUUAGGUCAAAAUUAAGGUGAGAAAUCAGUGUAAUAUCAUCAUAAUAAAUCCUACAUCUUGUACAUUGAUUCACUUCUGAUUUGUGAUAAACCCUUUUAAUUACUUCUUGUUUUUCUUAAUUUUGUGGAACAUAUAAGUUAAUUAGAAAUAUUUUGAGGGUUAGAUUCUACGACCAA